GUACUCAUCGACUGGUGUCCUGUCAUGUCAUGAAGAUGAAGCGUCUAGAACAUCACGAGGGGAUGGCGUACACCACUUCACUGUCAAACCGUGGCCAUAGCCCAUAGUUGUGCCAAGAAAGAGAGUCGCGUUGCCCGUGCCUAGGCGCUAUGCCUGGAGCUCCGGAGGAUGAAAGAACUGUCAUAGGGUUAGGGACGCGGUGCAGGUGCUGUCGUGUUCCUGGCAUGGCAGACCGGCAUCGGCGACAAGCUCUGAAGCUGUGAAUGAAUGAAUCGAAAGUCAAUAAGAAACGUUUCCGAGAGUGAUGUUUGCAGCGAGCCCCUCUCGUAGGUAUGUGCUGCUGAUCGUUGCAUCGUCGCGGUAACACUAUGAGUACUACUUCAUCUCCAGAAGAUGUUUGCAGCAAUGGCAGGACUGAGACGGAAGAGUACAGAGAGGUAGCUAGAUCAAAGCUUCUUCCGAAAGGAUACUCUGGCUACAUGCACCUGGCAUCACUGUUUGCCAUUGCUACGCCUAUCUGUGCAACAUGCUUGUAUACACUGGAGCCAAUGACCUGGUUUGACUUAGCAUCUAUUCCUACCCUGCUGGUCAUCUUGAACAUCUAUGAGUAUGUUUUCCAUCGCUUCCCAUCGCACAGACUUCUGCUGUCCCAUUUGAGUGCAUUUCGCUUGUUCUUCAAAAGCCACACCGGUCUGCACCACAAAUUCUUCACAUUCUCUAGUAUGCAGCCAAACAACGGUCACCUGGAUUCGUUCUUCAUACUUUUCCCCGUCAAGGUGUAUGUGCUUGGUCUGGCUUCACUAUCUGCUUUACUGCUUGGCGCAGGUUCUUUUCUCCUACCGUGGAAUACGGCUGUACUAUGCACAGGCCUCAGUUCGGCGUAUCUAGUGUUCUACGAAUUGGUACACUGUUACUCUCACAGGUCCUUACCAACCCCAGUGCUAGCAGUGUUGCAAUACGUGCCUUGGUUCAAUUUCUUUCGCCGUCACCACCAGCUUCACCAUCACCCCAGAGUCAUGAACACGAGCAACUACAAUCUCACGUUCCCGUUUUCCGAUUGGUUGGCUGGUACGUUGGUUACUAGGCUACCAGAUUGAGGUGGGCACUCCGGGAUCAUUGCCGACAAGAGCUAGGUCGUCAUCCCCGAGAUGACACACUAACAUAGGUCCAGCUACCACUGGCAGGUAUAUGUAUGGGAGCUGAACCGCACACCAUGAGCACUUGAAGAAACUUCAAGUUGAUGGUGUUGAUUUUUAGAAUUUGUUUCUUGACAGAUAAGGGAGUCAUCCAUUGUGGGGUUCAGCUAGCUGCCUACUACUGAUUUACUGCAUGAGCACUUGAAGAAACUUCAAGUUGAUGGUGUUGAUUUUUAGAAUUUGUUUCUUGACAGAUAAGGGAGUCAUCCAUUGUGGGGUUCAGCUAGCUGCCUACUACUGAUUUCCUGCGCGCCAUGCUGUGUGUGAUUACGUCCUCUGUCUUAUGUGAUCACAUCAUUUGUCGUGAUGAACACACAGCCCAGAAAGGAAUCUCGGCGCAAUAGAUUUUUGAAUAGCUGCUCUGAAAAUCAUGUACACGUACCAGAA